GGAAGUUCAUACAUUUACAGCCAAAAUUUGAUUUUCUGCUUUGUUCUUUUCGUUGACCGGAUUUGUUUUUUCGUUUCUUUUGUAUGGAAAUUUAUUCAAUUUUAGAUUUUCUUAUAUAAUUUAUGUUUUCAACAAAAUUAAAAAAUCAAGUAGAAGAGGGUGGCGAACCACCACACAUACGCGGAAGAAGAAAAAUCCGAUAAAAUAGCUAAAGACAAUUGUUCUUAGUGCUCGAGCAGGUGGAACUGGAACAAGAUUCAGGAUCUGAAAGAAACCCUUUUGAUUGAUCGAAUCGAUAUGAGUACUCAGGCGACGGGGACUUCUUCGCGGAGGAGCACUUCUUCUGUACGGCGAGGACCACCGGCCUCCAAGAAAACUCUCCAAUCAGAAAACGGAAGCAUCGUCAAUGGCAACACCUCCAAACCCAAUUCACCUCCUUCUCAACCUCCUUCCAACGUUGAGAGAACAGUCAAGAAGCUUCGUUUAUCGAAAGCUCUCACUAUCCCUGAAGGAACCACUGUCUUUGACGCUUGUCGAAGAAUGGCUGCUCGACGUGUCGAUGCGGUUCUCUUGACUGAUUCAAGCGCUCUUCUCUCCGGGAUCUGCACCGACAAAGAUGUAGCUACGAGAGUGAUCGCAGAAGGGUUAAGACCUGAUCAAACUCUUGUCUCCAAGGUCAUGACAAGGAAUCCUAUCUUCGUCACGUCUGAUUCGUUGGCGAUAGAGGCUCUUCAGAAGAUGGUUCAAGGGAAAUUCAGACACUUGCCUGUUGUGGAGAACGGCGAAGUCAUUGCUUUGUUGGAUAUCACAAAGUGUCUAUACGACGCCAUUUCUAGGAUGGAGAAAGCUGCUGAGCAAGGCAGUGCUUUAGCAGCUGCAGUGGAAGGUGUGGAGAAGCAAUGGGGAGCUGGAUACUCUGCUCCGUAUGCUUUCAUCGAAACUUUAAGGGAGAGAAUGUUUAAGCCAGCUUUGUCUACGAUAAUCACUGAGAAUUCAAAAGUUGCGCUUGUAUCACCAUCAGAUCCUGUCUAUGUUGCUGCAAAAAAGAUGCGAGAUUUACGAGUUAACUCUGUGAUUAUCUCCAUGGGGAGCAAAAUCCAAGGGAUCUUAACUUCAAAGGACAUUCUGAUGAGAGUGGUUGCGCAGAAUCUAUCUCCUGAAACGACUCUUGUGGAGAAGGUAAUGACACCUAAUCCAGAAUGUGCUUCCCUCGAGACGACGAUUCUUGACGCUUUGCAUAUAAUGCAUGACGGCAAGUUUCUACAUCUUCCGAUUCUAGACAAAGACGGAUCAGCUGCAGCUUGUGUAGAUGUUCUUCAGAUAACUCACGCAGCUAUCUCAAUGGUCGAGAACAGCUCUGGAGCUGUGAACGACAUGGCAAACACGAUGAUGCAGAAGUUCUGGGACUCAGCUCUUGCGUUAGAACCACCUGAUGAUUCCGACACUCAAAGCGAAAUGUCGGCGAUGAUGCAUCACUCUGAUAUUGGGAAGCUCGCUUCUUACCCAUCUCUAGGACUAGGGAACUCGUUUUCUUUCAAGUUCGAAGAUCUCAAGGGCCGUGUGCAUCGUUUUACUUGCGCUGCUGAAAACCUCGACGAGCUGAUGGGUAUUGUGAUGCAGAGAAUUGGUGGUAGUGACAACAACGAUAAGGAGCAACGGCCUCAGAUUAUAUAUGAAGAUGAUGAAGGCGAUAAGGUGUUGAUUACAUCGGAUAGCGAUUUGGUUGGUGCUGUUACUCUUGCUAGGUCUACAGGACAAAAGGUGUUGAGGCUGCAUCUGGACUUCACAGAGACAACAAGGAGCUUGAGCUCUGAAACGGGUCAACUCAAGAAAGCGGAAGGAGGCGGAUGGGUAUCAUGGCGCGGUGGUGUUGUGGUUACAGGAGCUCUUGUUCUAACGAGCGUAGCCGUUGUUGUUUACUUGAAACGCUCAAAGAUGUGAUUUUUACUGAUUGGGAGGGAAAAAAAUUAUAUUUUUUUGGGUAAGUUUCAAUACAAUUUGUCUCUUUGGGUUUACAUGUUUUG